GGACUGCCUGCAGGCGCAAGAAGCGCGCGCACGGGGACAAGACAGGACAGUGGCGGUGACGCGCCCAGCGGAGUCUCGUCCCUCGCGUGCUUUCACACUCCGAGUCCUCCCGGAGCUCUUUGGACUCUCCGUCAAGUGGCCGUUCGAUAACGCGGGUUUUAGGGUGCUAGCUGUGAACUCUUUCGUGUUCAACGUGUGCGGGGGAGGGAGACGGAGAGAAACAAGCUCCGCCUAAAGUAUCUAGGCUAAUUAACUUUCUCCCCGGAAGAAGGAUUCCGGAGUCGAAACGAGGAGGAGGAGGACGACGGGGCGACUUGCAUUUUCGACCCGAGGAUUCGCUGCUGGCUGUGGCCGAGGUUUAGGCGUUGGCACCCGGGAAGACCGUCCCCAGCCAUGGCCGGGGCGAAGCCCGGGGUGCACGCUCUGCAGCUCAAACCGGUGUCCGUCCACGAGCUGCUGAAGACUGGGAGCAAGUUUAUCAAAUGGGACGAGGACAUCCCUGAUGAUUCUGAUUCUGUUUCCAGUAUGGAUCAACCCGAAAAUCUCAACGAGGCCAUUCCUCCAGGAAAUGUCAAGGUUUCCAAUGUCAGCAGUAGUACGGUGUCUCUUACAUGGGAAACAGCUGCUGGUGAGGUGGGGGGCUAUGUUGUGACCUGUUUCUGUGAUUCAGAGACACAGCAAGAGACGACAACUAAAUUAGACAGGGUGACAUUCUCCGAUCUGAAGCCAGGGCUCAAGUAUGACUUCCAAAUUAAAACCAAGCUGAAAAGCGGAAGACUCAGCCAGCCUGCCUUGACAUCUGCCCACACAGAGGCCAUUCCUCCAGAAAAUGUCCAAGUUUCCCAUGUCAGCAGUAGUACAGUGUCUCUUAUAUGGGACACAGCUGCUGGUGAGGUGGGGGGCUAUGUUGUGACCUGUUUCUGUUAUUCAGAGACGCACCAAGAGAAGACAACAGAUUCAGACAGUGUGACAUUCUCCGAUCUGAAGCCAGGGCUCAAGUAUGACUUCCAAAUUAAAACCCAGCUGAAAAGCGGAGGAGUCAGCCAGCCUGCCUUGAUAUCUGCCCACACAGAGGCCAUUCCUCCAGGAAAUGUCAAAGUUUCCCAUGUCAGCACUAGUACGGUGUCUCUUAUAUGGGACACAGCUGCUGGUGAGGUGGGGGGCUAUGUUGUGACCUGUUUCUGUGAUUCAAAGAAACACCGAGAGAAGACAACAGAUUUAGACAGUGUGAGAUUCUCCGAUCUGAAGCCAGGGCUUAAGUAUGACUUCCAAAUUAAAACACAGCUGAAAAGCGGAGGACUCAGCCAGCCAGCCUUGAUAUCUGCCCACACAGAGGCCAUUCCUCCAGGAAAUGUCCAAGUUUCCCAUGUCAGCAGUAGUACGGUGUCUCUUACAUGGGAACCACCUGCUGGAGAGGUGGGGGGCUAUGUUGUGACCUGUUUCUUUGAUUCAAAGACACACCAAAAGAAGAUAACAGUUUUAGACAGUGUGAGAUUCUCUGAUCUGAAGCCAGGGCUCAAGUAUGACUUCCAAAUUAAAACCCAGCUGAAAAGCGGAGGACUCAGCCAGCCUGCCUUGACAUCUGCGCACACAGAGGCCAUUACUCCAGGAAAUGUAAAAGUUUCCCAUGUCAGCAGUAGUACGGUGUCUCUUACAUGGGAACCACCUGCUGGAGAGGUGGGGGGCUAUGUUGUGACCUGUUUCUGUGAUUCAAAGACACACCAAAAGAAGAUAACAGUUUCAGACAGUGUGAGAUUCUCUGAUCUGAAGCCAGGGCUCAAGUAUGACUUCCAAAUUAAAACCCAGCUGAAAAGCGGAGGACUCAGCCAGCAUGCCUUGAUAUCUGCGCACACAGAAGCCGUUCCUCAAGGAAAUGUAAAAGUUUCCCAUGUCAGCAGUAGUGCGGUGUCUCUUACAUGGGAAAAAGCUGCUGGUGAGGUGGAGGGUUAUGUUGUGACUUGUUUCUGUAAUUCAAAGAAACACCAAGAGAAGACUACAGUUUCAGACAGUGUGACAUUCUCCGAUCUGAAGCCAGGGCUUAAGUAUGACUUCCAAGUUAAAACCCAGCUGAAAAGCGGAGGACUCAGCCAGCCAGCCUUGACAUCUGCCCACACAGAAACUGAACUGGAUGUUUUUCUAAAAAAGCUUGGCCUAAAAGAGAACUACAAGGAGAAGCUCUCACUAAGCAGUGUCCUACAGAUUGACAAGAAGGCCGUCACAGAGGAAGCGGCUAAAUGUCUUUCUGAUCUCCCUUGGUGCUUUCUCAAGAAGCUAAUGAUGGUAAAUUCAACUGCUAGAAAUGUGAAAUGUUCUGCGGGCAGUGAGUCAGAGCAGGAUCUUGCUCGUGGCAAUGUUGGUUUGGAUUUUUACACCAUGUUGGACCCUAAAAAGUCAGGUGAAGAACUGAACCCAUUAGACAUAAUCACUGCUCUCUUUCUGUGCUCAAAUGGCCUCCUUCAGCAGGAAAUGGCAGUCAAAAUGUCCAUGUGUCAGUUUGGGUUGCCUCUACUGCUUCCUGAUUGUGGCACACAGAAGCACACGCUCAUGCUUUGGGCUUUGAGAGGCAUUACUUACUUGUACUACGUUAAAAAGUACAGACCUCAGGCACUCUCAAACACCAAAAGCUUUAUUGAAAAAUCAAUUGUUGCCACUGAACUUCCAAUGGUGUCCUUUGUGAGACUGGGUGAAUGUUCUUUAUCAAAGUCGGAGAUUCUGAAUACACUAUUGAGCAAUCCCCAACAGUACCACAACACUUUUGUUCACCAUAAAAUGGAAUGUGGGAAUGUUCCAAGGGAAAUCGCAGAUGGACUGGUGGAAACUAGUUGGUAUCUUCCCUGUGGUAACAAAAACAUUGAUAUCUUCAAUGAACCAGUAGCUGUAGCUAAUCUCAGAGGAGACAUUGCUCUCUGUGAAUUGCAAUUUUUGUUUUUAUGCAAAACGUCUGCUGCAGUUUUUGUGUUUCUUGACAAUUUUGACCACCAAUAUGAAAUGCUCAAAAAAACAGACGAAACAGAGAUUUUCUUGAUAGUCAAUGUGGAUAGCAAGAAUUUCAACUCCAAAAGGUGCAUAAAGGUACUGGAAGAAUUAAGUUUGCCACAGACCAACAUCGUUUGUAAGAGGAAGGAAGUCAACAAUGCCAACUUUGCAAAAACCCUACAAAAUAUUUUAAGAAAUGUUAUUAAAAACACAGAUAAAAGAAAGAGCAUAGAGCAAAUGGCUGACGAUGCUUUUAAGCUUGGAAUAAUGGUUGAUGAGCACGCCUCAGACUGUCAGAACGCUGAGAAAAAUGCAGAAGCUAUCACCUCAAAAAUAACAGACACUGCACAGUACAAAGAGAAAGAACUUCCUCGGCAGGGCUCAAUAUGGAAAGAAUUGACCCAAUUAGAGAAGGAGGAAUGUCGGCUUCGAAAACCUGGGGAUAAAGACAUAGAAAAAUACAAAUGUGACCUACACCAAAAGAAAGCACAACUCCGGGAACAGCAGAGGGAUUUGAACAUUUCAAAUGAUGUGAUCAGCUUCAUGAAAGCAAUCUCAUGUCCAGCUGUUGAACAGGCUUAUUUUUUAAAAUGGAUGCAAAUUAAAAUUGACAACUUGUCCCGGGAACAUUUAUCAAACCUCAAAGCAGAGUAUAAACACAAAAGUAAGGAUUCAAGCAAAGAAGAACUUAAAGUCAUUGAUCAACAACUUUCAAAAAGCUCUUUAGGUAUUGAAAACUACUUUCGAGAAAUCGGUCAAAUAUAUGAAUCUUCAGUCACCCUUCCUGAAUCAGAUUCAUUUCGUAAACAAUUCAUGCAUUUGCCCAAGUUGUGUGCCCAAUUACUCAUUGAUGGAUUUCCACUGGAGCUUGUGGAUGGAGAAGCAUCAGGCAUUCCUUUGGCAUGGGUGAAGGACGUCUUUUCUGAGCUGAGAAAAAUGGUAGUUCCAGAGAGUAAGAUAAGAGUUGUCACAGUUCUUGGGAUUCAGAGCACAGGAAAGUCCACUCUUCUCAACACUAUGUUUGGAGUGCAGUUUGCGGUCAGCAGUGGCCGAUGCACUAGAGGGGCUUUCAUGUUGCUCAUCAGAGUGAACAAAGAGUACUCAAAAGAAAUGAACUGUGAUUUUUUGAUUAUCCUUGACACCGAAGGACUGAAACCGCUAGAGCUAGUACAAUUAGAAGAUAGCUAUGAGCACGACAAUGAGCUUGCAACUAUUGUUGUGGGGUUAAGUGACAUCACAAUAAUAAACACUGCAAUGGAGAACAUGACAGACAUGAAAGACAUCCUACAGAUUGUAGUACAUGCCUUUCUCAGGAUGAAAGAAGUCGGCAAAAAACCAAAAUGUCUGUUUGUUCAUCAGAACGUAUCGGAUGUGUCAGCCCAUGACAAUAACUUAAGGGACAGAACCGUGCUGUUACCACAGUUGAACGAGAUGACACAGGCAGCUGCCAAAGUUGAGAAAAAAGAGGAAAUCAUAAGCUUCAAGGAAGUAAUAGAAUAUGAUCCAGACACUGGCAACUGGUACAUUCCUGGACUAUGGCAUGGAAACCCACCAAUGGCACCAGUAAAUUCAGGUUACAGUGAAGCAGUUUAUGAACUGAAAAAAAACAUUAUCCAAAUGUUGAAAGAUGGCAAGUCAUCUGCUUACAACAUUGAUCAAUUUAUGAAUUGGACAGAAAGCCUAUGGAAUGCCAUAAAACAUGAACAUUUCAUAUUCAGCUUUAGAAAUAGCCUGGUGGCUGAUGCUUACAUGAAAAUAUGCACAGAAUUCAACAAAUGGGAAUGGGAAUUCAAAAGGCACAUGUACUUAUUGGAAACAAGUGCAAAAACACAGAUUUCAAAUUUUGGAACAGCUGCUUGCAAUUCUGAGGCAUCCAACAUCGGAAAACUUGUCACGGAAUUGAAAACUGAAGCCUGCUCAGAGCUAAUAAAAUGGGAAGAAAAACUUAUUCAGAAUCUAGAACUAUAUUUCAAAACAGAAGCUCAUGGCCACCUAGUCGAGAGAUACAGAGAAGACUUUAUGCAAAGUGCAAAAAUCCUAAGAAAAGAAUCGGAAAGGUUGUUUGAAUCUGAAGUAAAUAUAGCGGGUGAAAACAAAAAGGGAAUGGUAAAAGUUGAGGAAGUCAAGAAAAACACCACAAAACAUUUGGAGGGAGAAGUGCUUAGAUUGCUAGAGGAAGGCCGUAAAAGUCAUAGAAAGCAAUCGGAUGAAGAGCUGAGAAUCGAUUUUGACCAGAUGUGGGAGAAUGCUACAGAACAUCUCCGUGACAAAGUAUUGUACAAAUCUGAUGGUAUCUAUGGUAGGGUUCAUUUGCAACUGAGAAUUAAUUUAGCCUCAAUGGGUGGUCAUGCCAAUGAGAUAAUUGACGUACCACUUAAAGAUCAUGGAAAAGGGGAUUUCAUAGCGAAAGUUGACGAUAAAUAUAAGAUUUGGAAGUGGAAAAAUAAUGCAGCGUUACAAGCAAAGGCUGUCGAAAUUAUAGAAAGUUGCAAAAGACUUGUAUCUGUUCGAAUGCAGGCGAAAACAGAUUACCAUGACAACUUCAUUCAGGAGAUUUUGCAGCACAUUGAUGCGAAACUUAAAACAGACAAGGAUCUGAGAACAGACACGCAAUAUGUAGUGAGUUUAAAAUUACACAUUUGUGGUUAUGCAGCCAGAAACUUCAAAGAAAUGCACCUGGCUUUCAUAACAGCAAAUGACCCCUUCAAGUGCGUCAAUCUACACAAACUUCGUUUUUUUGAUGAUUUUAAAGACCUGUAUCACAAAAGGGAGCAGGAUCAAAAGAAUGCUGAGGAAUUUGCCAAUCGUUGCCUCCAGCCUGCAGUGGAGUAUUACAUUAGAGUUUCCUCGGUUCAUGAUGUUGUUGAUGAAAUGGUGUCAGGCAAUGAUUCAGUGGAUUUCAGCACGCGCAUGUUUUUCCAAUAUACUAUCUUAAAAGACUUGCUUUCAAAAGACAAGUUUUGCCACUACCAAGAGUACACCAGUUCAUAUGAGAAAUUCAUAAGGAAAUGGAUUCAGGAGCAAAUUGAGAAACGCUUUUCAGAUGGGACUAAACUUUUGGAGUUCGAGGAUAAAUAUCUAAAACAAUGUAUCAGAUGUAUUGACAAUGCUAUUCACAAGGCCCAAGUGAACAUACAAGCGACCCAAAAAGAGUUUGUUCAAAAUAUUUGCAAGGAUCUUGGUGAUAUAUUGGUAAUUUCCCAGGAUGCUCUCAGCGCUUGCAUGGUGCUUUUGAAAGAAGCCCGAGCAGAAAAGUUUGCACACUUUCUUAAAGAAUCAGUGAUUGAAAUGCAACAUGCUCUGCAGAAAAAACAAAAAGAAACUAAUUACAAAGCGAAACUAAAAGGACUCGGGUCAAAGCCACUAGACAAGCUUACAGAGAAGUUAGGUGGAUGUUCUGAACAUUGCCCAUUCUGCAAGUCACCGUGUGAGGCAGGGGCAAAGUCUCACGAGGCUCAUCAUGUUGAAAUGCAUAAGCCACAGGGGCUUGGAGGAUACAGAGAUUUACACUCAAAUAAACUUAGUACUCAAAUUUGCACAUCCGCUGUCUUUAGUUCCAAACUAUUCCGGAAUGGUGAUACAAAUGGGGAGUUUAAACCUUACAAGGAAUACAAAACAUUUUACAAGAAUUGGAAAAUUCCUGCAGAUGACAGCUAUACAGCAUCUGAUUACUGGAAAUAUGUGAUGGUCAGGUUCAACAAGGACUUUGCUAAAUUUCAUGGGGCAGAGCCUGCAGAUAUUCCCAAUGAAUGGAGAAAUAUUAGCCAGACGCUUGCUGGAAUAAGCCUUAAAAAGGCGUUCUGCAUCCAAUAGGAUUUGUUGAGAUGAUGAGAGUGAGAGUUUCUUCUCUGACCAUGAUGAAGAGCAGCUUUUUUAAGAAAAUUCGAUAUGUUAUGGUGCACAACUUAUCCUACUGCAUAUAUGUGAGGCAAGAAAGGCUGAACUGACGAGAUAUAAGUAGUGAUACAAGGAUGUGUGUCUUUACUUGUAAUUCAAACCACUUGAUUACGAACUCAGCUCUGAAGUUAACCUGCCUCUUUAAUUUUGCGGUUCGUUGUUGAAGUAAUGUUCCAUUGAAACUUUUAAAAGUUUGAGCCUGAUACUUUAAAUUUUUGUUUGAUGAUAUUACAUUUUACAUUAACGUAAUUAACUAAGCAUAAAGGCUAACCCGCUAAUGCGUUUUAUUUGUUUAAUUGUUUCAACAUAUUUUUGUCUGGAAAAGUCGGCAUUGUACGAUACUUAAAAUAUAUUAUGUGUCAAUAUUUUUACCUAGGUUUAAAUGGUGUAUUUGAUUAUUAUUAUCAUUAUUAUUAUAUGAUUAUUAUUGUUUCAUUCCUCUUUCAUUCAAUAUUCACUAUUUUUUUGAUUUCUUAUUAAAUUCGUUCAAGUGAUUUUGUUUGAUAAUCUUUGAAGACAUGUUAACAAUUUAGAAAUGAGGAGAAGAUAUAUAUUGCAUUGUUUAAUUUUUAUAUUGUUACUGAAUCCAGAAAUAUUUUAAAUGUAAUUUUUGAUUGUUCCUUUGAUUGAGCCAGUUGAGAAAUAUCUGUCAAAUUAAUUAAGCUGGUGUGUGUGAUUUAUGGUAUGUUUGACACAAAAUAAAGCACAGAAAAGAGUC